AGACAUUGACUUAAUAAACACAAAACGUUUAAAUCACUUAAUGUCUGAACAAUAUGUGCAAGAAAUAAACUAAGCAAACGAAAUUUUGUUGAUUGUUUGAAAGUAAACUGAGUUUCUCAGGAGGAUUGUGAGGCCGAAUUGUUAUAAAAGUGUCGGAGAACCAGCAGCAAGUCAUAAGCUGCAGUUUCUGUAGUUGAAUCAAACUAAAGGAACAAUGCAGGCGACACGAGCAUCCCUGUGGGGCUCACUCCUCCUGAUAAUAGGAGCGACUAAUUUGCAGAUAUCCAACGCUCAAACUGAAAACAUUCGGCUCGUUGGAGGGGAAAAUGCCUACGAAGGUCGUAUUGAGGUUCUACACGACGGCGGAUGGGGAACGGUUUGUGACGACUCCUUCACAGACGUUGACGCACAGGUAGCUUGCCGCUCUCUGGGACUGACCGGGGGAGUCGCGCUCACACAUGCACACUUCGGUCAAGGAAGUGGGCAGAUUUGGAUGGAUAACCUAGCGUGCGAUGGAACGGAGAACGCUCUUGACGAGUGUGGCCACAAUGGAUGGGGAUCACACAACUGUGGGCAUCACGAAGACGCCGGCGUGGCAUGCGAAGCACCAGCAGCCGAACCUGACAUUCGGCUUGUUGGAGGCACCAAUGCUCUUGAAGGGCGCGUAGAGAUCAAACACAACGGAGUAUGGGGAACGGUCUGUGAUGACUCCUUUUAUGACAGUGACGCCGAAGUGGUCUGCCGUUCGUUGGGACUAAGUGGCGGGACGGUCCGAUGCUGUGCAGCGUUCGGUCAAGGGAGCGGGCAGAUUUGGCUGGAUGAUGUAACAUGCAGCGGAUACUCUGAAGACUCGCUUGGCGAUUGCUAUCACAGGGGAUGGGGAAGCCACAACUGCGCGCACAGCGAAGAUGUGGGAGUCGUAUGCGAAUCAGCAUCCGAUUAUUCAUCCUACGAUUAUUCAUCCUACGAUUACUCAUCGUACGAUUAUUCAUCCUACGAUUAUUCGUCCGAUUACUCAUCAUACGAUUAUACUUCCGAUUACUCAUCCUACGAUUAUUCGUCUGAUUACUCAUCCUACGAUUAUUCUUCUGAUUAUUCAUCCUUCGAUUAUUCAUCCUACGAUUACUCAUCCUACGAUUAUUCAUCCUACGAUUAUUCAUCCUACGAUUAUUCAUCCUACGAUUACUCAUCCUACGAUUAUUCAUCGUACGAUUAUUCAUCCUACGAUUACUCAUCCUACGAUUAUUCAUCCUACGAUUAUUCAUCCUACGAUUAUUCAUCGUACGCCGAACCUGACAUUCGGCUUGUUGGAGGCACCAAUGCUCUUGAAGGGCGCGUAGAGAUCAAACACAACGGAGUAUGGGGAACGGUCUGUGAUGACUCCUUUUAUAACAGUGACGCCGAAGUGGUCUGCCGUUCGUUGGGACUAAGUGGCGGGACGGUCCGAUGCUGUGCAGCGUUCGGUCAAGGGAGCGGGCAGAUUUGGCUGGAUGAUGUGACAUGCAGCGGAUACUCUGGAGACUCGCUUGGCGGUUGCUAUCACAGGGGAUGGGGAAGCCACAACUGCGCGCACUAUGAAGAUGUGGGAGUCGUAUGCGAACCAGCAUGUGAUUAUUCAUCGUAUGAUUAUUCAUCGUACGAUUACUCAUCGUACGAUUACUCAUCCGAUUACUCAUCCUACGAUUAUUCAUCCUACGAUUACUCAUCCUACGAUUAUUCGUCCGAUUACUCAUCCUACGAUUACUCAUCCUAUGAUUACUCAUCCUACGAUUAUUCGUCCUACGAUUACUCAUCCUACGAUUACUCAUCCUAUGAUUAUUCAUCGUACGAUUAUUCAUCCUCCGAUUACUCAUCCUACGAUUACUCAUCCUACGAUUACUCAUCCUACGAUUAUUCAUCAUAUGGUUGUCGAUCCGAUCAGUUCCAAUGCUACGACGGUCAAUGUAUACCAGGUUCUUGGAUAUGUGAUAAUGACAACGACUGUAGAUAUGGCGAGGACGAAUACAAUUGUGGUGAUUACACAACGAGUUCCCCCUGGAGACCGUGGACUACCGAGUCUAAUAAUUUGCCACCAUGGACAACAGGGUCAUCCGCUUGUGGAUCCGAUCAGUUCCAAUGCUACAACGGUAAUUGUAUUCCAGGCUCCUGGCAAUGUGAUUAUAUCAACGAUUGCUCAUAUAACGAGGACGAACAAAAUUGUGGUGAAUACACGACAUAUUCAUGGCCACCCUGGGAACCGGAGCCUACCGAGUCUUAUGGUUGCAUGCCCGACGAAUUCAGAUGUUCCAAUGGUUCUUGUAUACCUCAUUAUUGGAUUUGUGAUCAUUUCACCGAUUGUCCCAACGACGAAGAUGAGGAGGAUUGCGAUUACCCCACACCAAACCCUGCAGGCUAUUUCGAAUGCCCAGAAGGCACUAUCAUACCUAGCAGCGACCAAUGCAACGGAUACGUGGACUGCUCAGAUCACUCUGACGAAGCGUUUUGUGGACCGACUUGCCAAUGGUAUGAAGAAUUCGAAUGCGCGGAUGGCAUGUGCAUUUCGAGCGACCAGUUCUGCGAUGGCGUCAACGACUGCCCAUUAUAUGGCGAGGACGAGUGGUAUUGCGAUUUCGAUUAUGGUUCCUGGUCCUAUUAUGAUUCCUGGUCCUAUUAUGAUUCCUGGUCCGACUACUGGCCUUCGUACUCCUACUGGCCCUCCGAGCCUGACAGUGGUACUUGCAUGAAUAUGUGUUCCUGCGGCGAGACUGGCGACGGCGGGAUCGACCAAUGUAGAUCUGGAGACUGCUACUGCGAUGACAUCUGCAAACGUUUCGGCGACUGUUGCUUAGAUAAGGACUACUACUGCCCAGUGCAAGAAUCAGGACUAGAUGGCGGCCUAUACUACAUUGAGAAAGUCCAAGAGUUACCGGUUCACGUCCGACGACGACGCGCAGCUGAGGGACAAAAGCGCCGAGCUCGCCGAUCAGGCCCUAAAGAGGUCGACCAGGAAAGAGCCCGAAGACGAGAGGACCAAGCAAAGCGCCUUGAGGGACGCCGAGCUCGCGCUGCGGAGAAGGCAAGACGAGUGCGACAAGCCGAAGCCUAAUAUCCCAGUGUGGAAAGAUGCAUCAGCAUGCUAGAUGAUUAACGUUCACAUCAAAAUGAAAUUACAGUUACUCAUAAUUACAUCACACAGUUACAUCACACAAUUCUACAAUUACAGUUACACUUCAGUACAUCAUUCAUGUGUAUACUCCCCAACUUAAGAUUUUGUAAGCAUGUUUUUGUCCUUGCUCAGACUGCCUGUCCUUAAAAGACGUAACAAUGUUCGUGUAUGUAAUAAUCUCUACCAAAAAUUCCAGAUCACUCAAUUAUCUACAUAUUCAUAUUGCUUUUAUAAAUACGAUAAUUCAUAACGCGGGGGCAAUAGAUUUUGAUUAAAGAAAGUAAUGUACAAGACAACAAAUUAAAACAAUUACUGAUAUGUAUCGAUUUGUUGCAUCAAUCACAUUGUAAAUAGAAAUAUAAUAUAUAAUUCUUAAUGAUACCUUGUCGGUAAUUUCAUGGUAAAAUAAUUUUAUUCCUCUUUUCAAGAAAGGAGUAAAUCCAUUGCGCUGCUGUGCGGGCAUUGGUCUCCGUUUCUUUGUUCUUGUUAAUUGAAUAAAUUAUUGUGAACGAGAAAAAU